UUUUUUUCUUUCCAUCCAUCUUAAGCAGUGAAUUAGCCCACAUCAAAAAUAGUGGCAACCUAAAUUCGGCUUUACAAUAAAGCACUAGCAGAAACAAGACCACCUUUGUAACAUUAUUGAGUUGGAUUCUGACUAAUCAGGAGGUGUUGAUUAAUUUUCCAUAACGGCAGCUCUGACAGUAGUGCAGCUGCAAAUCAGGUUUAUAUUUUAGCAUAUUUGACCAGUGCUGCAAACCAUGUACGCCAUCUCUGUGUACACGGAGGGAUAGGUAGAGCUGUCUAACUUCUUUGCUCAAAAGAAUGACCUUUUGGAAGUCUCGUCCAUUGUUCAAGGACACACACUUUUGGUCUUGCUGUUUAAUGUUUUCAGGAGCAAGCCCCUUUCAUAUUAAGUACUUGGUAUCACUAUACUGAUUACAGUUUUUGUUACAUCCAGUCCCAGGAUGUGGACCUGCUGUUUAAAUGACGAUUUCGGUCAAAGCUGAAACAAUUUUGCCACCUUGUGGAUAUAUUAGUGUACUACAGCUUAACUGUGGCACUGUGUGAAAUUAUAAGACCAGUGUUUUUUUUUUUUUUUAAAGCAUGGUUAAAUUUGUUAAAUGUCAAUCAGCAUAGAACACAAAUGUACUAUUUUGUGGAAAGUAGGCAAGAGAGAAGCAGAUAUACCUGAUGAAUGUACAGUAGGUAACAUAUGUAAGGUAACAGUAAAAACACCAACCUUUUGAUUUCUAAAACCACUCAUCAGCGCCACUUCCUGCACCUUCCUCAAUACCAGCUCAUGUAACAUGAUGGAGCUUUGAAGAGACAUAAUACAUUAUAUACUCACCAUUCACUUUAACAAAAAAAUAAAAAACAUCCAGUGAGCGGCAGUUCCACAGGCAGAAGCGCCUUGUUGAUGAGAGAGGUCAGAGGAGAAAUAGACGGCCGGAUUUAAAGUGACAGGAAUGCUAAGGGAACACAAAUAACCACUCUGUACAACCAUGCCAAGCAGAAAAGCACCUCAGAAAGCAUGUCUAAUACUGAGGGUAACGAACAAAAACUGCAGAUCACUACUUUGGGUUCCACUCCUGUCAGACAAGAACAGGAAUCUGAGGAUACAGCGGGCACAGCCUCAGUGACACGGGACAGUUGCAGAUAAAGACCAGACGAGUGUGAUGAAGGUUGAAAUGGAUUUAAAUACCUAAUAAUAGACAUAAUCCUAUUUGUUUUGAAAUAACCUUUAGAUGGAUUUGCCUAUACCCAAGAUAUUUUCACUCGCUAAAAUGUUUACUCUUGAAUAUCUUAAAUCUCGGAAUGUGACAAACUUGCCCCUUUUAGCAGAUACUGUGUUUUGCUAUUCUACACCAAAGCUGCUAUCUCAGCCACACUAUUUCCUGCCAUUACCCACCCAGUUGGAGGCUCUCAUUAAGCUGUAACAACACAAGCUUUGUUUGAACCCUUUGAAAAUGCUGAUAAGGACAUGACCGUUAUUUCCAUGCCACUUCACUUAGGAGUCACUCCAAACAUCAAAUCCAUCUUCCUCUUCAAGUUAUUUAACAGCAGUUCGUUUGGAAAAACAACUACGACCAGGCUGCCGUAUCCAGUUCUACUCCUGGAAGUAUCCACGGACCUGUAUGAUCUUCUGUUGAUGAAACGACUGAAAAACAUCUUCAAGGACAUGAUUUCUGGAAUAUCAACUUUGUCAAGUAACUUCUUACCUCUGGAAGGCUUAAUAGGACUGCAUGGAGCUUCUCUCCAGCUGCAUCACUUUGUUUCUUUCACCAUAUGAUUUGUGGCAGUUUGCCAGACCUUGACCAGAUCUUGGAUGAUCUUGACCAGAACAAACUGGUCUACUACACCACAGACUCAUAAAGCUUUGGGAAGUCCCAAAAAACCUUUCGUUCCCACCCUCAACCAUGGCUGACUGGGGUUUUCUCAGCGAACUGUUCAGCUCCCUGCAGGCACACUCACCCAUGCUGGGUCGUCUCUGGCUGCUCCUCAUGCUGGUCUUCAGGAUGCUGAUCCUCGGUACAGUGGCCAGCGACAUGUUUGAUGAUGAGCAAGAAGAGUUUUCCUGCAACACCUUGCAGCCAGGAUGCAAGCAAGUUUGCUACGACCGCGCCUUCCCUAUCUCCCAGUAUCGCUUCUGGGUCUUCCACAUUGUGCUCAUCUCCACCCCUGCUCUAGUGUUCCUCAUGUAUGCCAUGCACCAUCACAAGAAGCACCAGGUCCUCCCACAAGGCUCCACCAUCAGCAUUCUUGAAGCAAAGCAGGACCUCCACCUCAAGCGUCUCUACCUUAUCAACGUGGCCUUUCGGAUGGUGUCUGAGGUGGGGUUCCUGUUCGGACAGUGGAAGCUGUACGGCUUUCGUGUCGAGGCUCAUUUCUCCUGCAGUCGCUUCCCUUGUCCCCACACUGUGGACUGUUUCACCUCCAGACCUAUGGAGAAGACAGUCUUCUUGCUCUUCUACUUUGUCAUCGGAGUUGUCUCGGCCAUCUCCAGCCUGGCCGAAUUCAUUCACAUCAUCUUCAAGUGGUUCAUGAAGAGCAGUGAUGGGGUAAAGUCCUUGGUUUGGGAGAAUAUUGAAUUUCAGGAAGAGGCUGGUAAGAAGUAUUUGACCCAGCAUGAGAACCACCAAGCAACUGCAGUGAAGCCAGGCAGAACCAGGGAAGUGCUGCAGUUCCCUGGAAGGACUGGUAGGACCGGUAGGUCAAGAACCAACACUGGCUCAAAGAAAUCCAGUAUCAGAUGCAAGAGCCUUGGAGAAAACCGCUACCAGAAAAGUGCCGAACUGAUAGUGUGAGGACCAAAAUUUUCAAAUGUUAAGUGGUGCAUAAGUCUUUAUUUGCUGCAUUUACACAUUCAUAUAUUUGCCUAAGAAUUUAAAUAAAGUCACAUGUGGCAAAAACAAAUUGUCUGAAUGUAACCAUAGUGCAAAUUGUGUAUAAUAUUUACAACCCUUCAGUACAUCAGCUAGAAUUCUGAUUGGUCAGGUGUUGCUUAAAUAUUUAUUUUUUUUUAUACGAACAGCUCUGACAGUAGUGCAGCUGCAAACCACAGGAUUAUAUUAAUGUGCUUGCUUUAUUAUACGCUCCACAUAAACAGACUAACAAAUAUGUAAUUGUUGAUAUGGUGAAGUUUUCUGUAAGAUGUUUAAUAAACAUUUAUGGAAGGAGUCUCUAGUUUCAGCACUUUAACAGUCAGUUUUCUAAGCUUUCUUGUAUUUCAGAAAGUCAAGACAGAGGAUACUAUUUACUUGUUUCGUCGAUGUU